AUGACUUUGAUAAAGUUUCCUCUCAUAGGACUGCUUUUGCUCCAAACUAUCGUGGUCUCUCCGGCAACAGCAGAUGGGCCGGUUUGCCCGCCAUCGACCAAACUAAGCCGGGCAAGUUUCCCUAAAGGUUUUCUAUUUGGCACGGCUACUGCGGCUUAUCAGGUUGAAGGUGCAGUGAAUGAAACUUGUCGUGGACCGGCCUUAUGGGAUAUCUACUGUAAGAGGUAUCCAGAGAGAUGCAAUAACGAUAACGGCGAUGUAGCCGUCGACUUCUUCCAUCGUUAUAAAGAAGAUAUUCAACUAAUGAAGAAUCUAAACACAGACGCCUUUAGACUCUCUAUCGCGUGGCCAAGAAUAUUCCCUCAUGGGAGAAGAGAGAAAGGAGUCAGCCAAGCUGGUGUGCAAUUCUAUCACGAUCUCAUCGACGAGCUCCUAAGAAAUGGUAUAGUUCCGUUCGUAACUGUUUUUCAUUGGGACACACCACAAGAUCUAGAAGACCAAUAUGGCGGCUUUUUAAGCGAAUUGAUUGUGAAUGAUUUCCGAGAGUAUGCUGAUUAUGUUUUCCAAGAAUAUGGUGGAAAGGUGAAAAAUUGGAUCACAUUCAACGAGCCAUGGGUCUUUGCUCACGCUGGUUACGAUGUAGGAAAGAAAGCACCAGGACGUUGCUCUCCUUACGUCAAUCCUAAGUGCCAAGACGGACGAUCAGGCUAUGAGGCUUACCUCGUCAGCCAUAACCUUCUUAACUCUCACGCAGAAGCCGUUGAAGCUUUCCGAAAAUGCGAGAAGUGUAAAGGUGGGAAGAUCGGAAUCGCACAUAGUCCGGCAUGGUUCGAACCACAUGACUUUGAUGAUGCACAAGACGGUGCGUCCAUUGACCGUGCACUUGACUUUAUGAUGGGCUGGCAUCUUGAUACUACUACGUUUGGAGAUUAUCCACAGAAAAUGAAAGACAUUGUUGGACAUAGAUUGCCUAAAUUUACUACUGAGCAGAAAGCAAAACUGAAAGACUCGACCGAUUUUGUAGGGCUCAACUACUACACGUCCAUGUUUUCUAACCAUCUUGAGAAGCCCGAUUAUUCUAAACCAAGAUGGAUGCAAGAUUCUCUUAUAUCUUGGGAAAGUAAGUUUCUUUUCCGGCGUAACACUUUCACCUUUAUUAUAUUUCAGCCUUUGACUGCUGCAUUGAACGUUUACUCGAGAGGAUUUAGAAGUCUUUUGAAGUACAUCAAGGAUAAAUACGCAAACCCUGAAAUUAUGAUCAUGGAAAAUGGAUAUGGAGAAGAACUUGGGGCCACAGAUUCGAUUGCAGUUGGUACUGCUGAUCAUAACAGGAAAUAUUAUCUUCAAAGGCAUCUUUUGAGCAUGCAAGAAGCUAUUUGCAUCGACAAAGUAAAUGUUACGGGAUACUUUGUAUGGUCGUUGUUGGAUAAUUUUGAGUGGCAAGAUGGUUACAAGAACAGAUUCGGACUCUAUUACAUUGAUUUCAACAAUAACCUCACACGUUAUCAGAAAGAAUCCGGAAAGUAUUAUAAAGAGUUCUUAAGUGAAGGGAUUCGUCCUUCCACGAUCAAGAGGGAUGAGCUUUGAGAUGUAAUUCGAGGAUUUGGUUUCAUUUCAUUGUUUCUUUCCUAUGGUUUAGUUUUUGAUUGACUACUAUUUAUGAGAUCUUGAUUGAAAUAAAGUG